UGGACGAACGUGUACGUAAAAAAAUAUGACAAAUCCUACAUCUGGUUGGCUGUUUACUCCCUCGUAUACUUAGACAUGCAGAGAAUCGCCUCCACUUCCACAAUGGGAAAGUCUGCUGGGGGCUAAAGCAAGCUUUCUUUGGCUCGCUUUUCUCGGGAAACGUGCGCCAAGGGUAUAUCGACACCUCAGAGGGACCGAAGACUUUCCAUAACUUUUCACAGGAAACUGAAAGAUAGUCCUUUCUCACACUGACGAGAUGUAGAGGAGAGGAUGCUGCAACAUCAGUCCCAGUGGACUGUUCACGAACUUCAGAACUCCCGUUCCAGAAUCAUCCUGCGUAAUCAACAGUGACGCCAUGGAAAAAGAUUCCACCUACAACCUGACUUCACCCAAUGUGUCAUUCCACAAUAAUAUGACAAACUCGUGUGAGCACACAUCCACCCCAGAGUACCAGAAGAAGGUGAUCCCUGCCUUUUACAGCCUCAUCUUCCUAUUGGGUUUUCUUGGUAAUAUGCUGGUGGUGUGUGUGUUGUAUCACAGUUCAGGCCGAAGGACUGUUGCCAACACCUAUCUGAUUAAUCUAGCGAUGUCUGACUUGCUGUUCCUGACCUCGUUGCCAUUCUGGGCUGUGUACUACUCGCUGGAUUACAACUGGGUUUUUGGGGAGAUCAUGUGCAAGCUGUGUGGGGGUCUAAUAACGAUAAACGUCUACGCCAGUAUAUUCUUCAUCACCUGUAUGAGUGUGGAUCGAUAUCACGCCAUCGUCUACCCACUGCAUUCUCAAAGCAGCAGGAGCAUAAAACAGGCCAGGUGUGUUUGUGGCUUCAUUUGGGUCGUGGCGGCUUUGACCACGUUGCCAACCGUUGUGUUUCGCGACAUACACCCCUUACACAACAACGUGACGGCUUGUGUAAUUUUUUACCCAAACAACUACUGGCACACUGGGUUAACACUUGCCAAAAACACUCUUGGGUUUUUCCUGCCAUUUGUGGUCAUCGCGACCUGCUACAGCCGAAUCGCUGUGCACCUACUGGCCACUCCCAAUCGCCUGGAGCUCGACUCUGGGCGGUUGGUUCAUGUGUUGCAUUUGGUGGUAGCCGUUGUGUUGGCCUUCUUCUUUUGCUGGUUCCCGUUCCACGUGCUGGCAUUCCUCGAAACUCUGGGACAGUUAGGAAUGAAGAUGGAUUGCUGGGUUCAGGAAUCAAUCGAUAAACUCCUGCCGUACUUCAUUUGCCUGGGCUUUUCCAACUCUGCUAUAAACCCUUUCCUGUACUGUUUUGUGGGAAAUCACUUCCGGGAGAAGCUGUGGCAGUUUUAUGGAGAUGUGCUGACACAGAAAAGAGAUUCUAUCAGCACCAGACUGUCUUCCUUCUCCAGGAAACUGAGUGAUCUCAAAGAAACGGUGCCUAUGGAGAUUCUGGAUCAGCAGAGCUCGUAAAUCUAUCAUUACCUCUAAGCUGUAUCAUUACAAACUGCAGAGGACUAUGUCAGUAUCAUUUACCACGGUUAAUGUUGUUUUUGCCUUA